UCAGAGAGACGGUGUGGUGUAGCCCACUGUCCGAUGCGUUCAGAUUGGACACCGUAUAUAAAUAUCACAUGAUCAUCACGUGAGCAACAAAAAUGUCGGCCCAAACGUCGUUUUAUAGUUUGUUGUUUGUUACGUUGUUUGCCUUCGUUAUUUCUAAUAGGAAGGUAACUACAGAAAUAAAGAAAUGUGAUUACUACAACGACACAAGAUGUGAUAACUUGAGCAUAGCUCAUAUAUCAGCAGAAGGGGAUUCAGAUGCACUCCAUUAUUUGGUGACCUCAUUGGGGAUGCCUACUGUGCUAGUGGCGAAGACUGAUCCAGGUGCUGAUGUGACUAUUGAUUGGGAGAAGUUACUGUCGCAGAAUGACACUGUCCGAAAAAAUGCUAUCACAAUUACGAAAAAGAAGUACUCGUUUUCUGUGAUGUUUACAAAGCUGAUAGAUUACAAUGACACAAAAGAUACAGCUGACAUGACCAAGUAUGACGCCACUUCAACAGUCUGGAACAUCUAUGACUUGAAGGAUUUCGUUUGGGCUAAUCUAUCCGAGGUGUCUGAUACCGCAGAUAACACUGUGACAUUGAAAGCUUCAUCAUCAUCAGUCAUUAACCCGAUCCCCUGGAUGAACAAUGGGACCUUCUCCAUUAAGCUGAAUGCAUUUGGAUCUCAUGGGAGAGAGGAUCAGUUGCCACACAUGCAAUAUAAUGAGAACUUGACCCAGUUCGACCUGACCAUCGACGACCUCGGGACCAACCUGGUCAACUCAAGGUUCGGAGUCGAGGUCCUCAUCGUGGGGGAGAAUAAUGAGGCGAUGAUUGUCAACUCCACUAAGUCCAUAGACGAUGAAUACUCACCGGGAGUUUUCUUGAUCUACAACUGGUACACAAGGCUCACAACUCUUGACACUGGGUUCCUGCAGUGGAAACCAGUCUGCUACCAGGCCCUGGCUCGCGCCCGUGACGCGGCUACUGGCAUGAAGUAUUACCAACUCCAGAAUGCCUCGCAGUCCAAUCAAGAUGACCUGAUGAACACCAUUGCCUAUGCUUACUUCACAGACAUGGCGUCUACAAAUAUUAAAGCCCAGAAUUUUUCCUUUGGAAUUGGCAAAGAUGGUGGCUACAAUAAGGCAAAAGUUAUAACAUGGUCUGGGUCGAUAGGCCACGGCAAGCCCCCAGAGGACUCGGUCUCGGUGGUUGUCCUCAUUAUCAUCCUGGCAGGGCUGGGUGUGCCUGUACUCAUCAUCAUUUUUGGUGGAGUCUACGUCUGCAUCAAGAAGCGCAGGCGAAACACCGCCAGACAGCUGGUGUCUGUACAGAGCAAUGGUUACCAGCCGUUGCAUGGUGACCAGUAGGGACUGCAAAAUCUAGUCACUUAUGUAGAUUGAAGCUCUAAUGAUUUUGAUUUAACAUCAUGAGAUUAUUGUGUACAAUAAUUACUUAAUAAGUUUUGGGACACUUCAAAAGAGAUCAUUCUUGUGCUUAAAAGUUUAGGUAUACGAAAAUAUACCCAAAAUAUAGUGUCAAAAAAUAAAAGACACAAUGUUAUUAUAAUGAUUUAAUUGACAUUCAGAAAUUCUUGUGUAUUACAUAACCUGACUGAUGGCAAUUGAUAUACUGUGCUGUGGACUUGAUAUUAUUAAACUAAAAUAGACUGUGGAAAUUAUUAUUUCAUUGAUUGUAUUAACUCAUAUGGCCAUCAAUUGCUUGUCACAAGUGUAAAAUUCUUAUUCAAAUGUCCAUACAUCAAUUGGUCAAAAAAGACAGUGUCCUUAACCUAAAAGUUUCAGAAAACUUAAAGUAAUUACUCUUAUAUGUUCUUGAUUAUUGUAAGAUUGAUUAUUUUAUUUAUUCUAUUUCAAUUACCAUUCAAAUGUUUUAGUGGUUGUUUUAUAAGUGUUUUUUUAUGCCCUUGGUAGGGUGGCAUAUAGCAGUUGAACUGUCCGUCAGUCAGUCAGUCUGGGCGUCUGUCCGAAAACUUUAACAUGGGCCAUAACUUUUGCAAUAUUGAAGAUAGCGACUUGAUAUUUGGCAAUCCCGCAUGCAUGUGUACAUGUAUCUCAUGGAGCUGCACAUUUUUAGUGGAAAAGGUCAAGGUCAUUUUUCAAGGUCAAAGGUAAAAAAAAAUUCAAGGGAAGUAACAAGCUUUAAAGGGAGAUAAUUUUUAUUUAUCAUUUGGCAGGAACAGAUCAUUUUCACAAGGGAAGUAAUAUUUUUGAAAGGGAUAUAAUUAUAAAAAGAAAUAAAAUCAAAGCUCGCAGUAGGGGGCAUUGUGUUUCUGACAAACACAUCUCUUGUUUUCAUUUUUAUUUAGAUAUGUUACUGAUGCUUAUGGUCCCUUAAUGAUUGUUUUUGUUUCCUGUUUUUCACUUUAUGCUCUGUACAUUACGACUGAAUGGUCCCGCACUUAACUGACUGAUAUAUGUUAUGCAUGCCAUGUAAGUUAUAGAUUUGGUCAAUUUA